UGAUGAUUGGAAUAACAGUCUUCAACCAUUUGGCAUUUAUUGUGAUUUUAAUGUCACAUUUUCCACACGCGUUCGAGUGCGGAAAAGCUAAGAAGGGCAGCAGUUGUGAAACUACUAGGGAUGAUACGAUAACGAAUACAAGCGAGGAAGGACUGGUGACGUUUUCACUGAUGGCCGAAUCAAACAAACAUCCGUUAAUUGUUUCGCCAAAAAGGGGCUUAACAAAAAUAUGGAAUUCGAUUAAUCCCGAUGUGAAGACGGACGCAGACGUCAUUAAGAAAGGUCGGAAAUUUCUUGCAUAUGCUAAACAAAGGUACAAUGUAGAUAUGACUAGCGUUAGUGAUACGCAACUGCAAAUGGGUUCAACGAUUACUUCAGCGAAUCUAACGUUCAUGGGUUAUACGGAUGCGUCGAAUCUUCGAGUCGUAACUGAAACAACACCCGCCCACCGGACGACCUAUUAUCGAAACACAUUAUAUAAGUGCGUCGGAUAUGCUCUUGUCGCAACUGGGGAUACUUUUGUCGAUGGCGGAGAAUGGACCGGCAUGAUGAAAAAGAAUUCGGUAAUUUAUGAAGAGAACUGUGUGAUAGACAGCAAAGAGUGUGAGUCUGAUGAUGGGCCACACAUUAUGACGGUGCGAACGCUUGGUGUUCACCCUCCAAAGUUCUACAAAGGCGAAUUUACUGAGGUCAGAACACUUGAGGCAGAAAUCGAGUCAAGCAAAUACGGACGUGGAAUUUGUUACGGCCAAGAUAUACACCCUGUUUUUAUUUUUACAUCUAUUUGCGUGUUUUAGUAGUACCACGAUGAGCAAGUACUGCAAAAAUAAUCAUUUUGAAUGAUAAUAAGGCAAAUAAAAUAUUGUGUAUGUCGGGA